AUGACCAAUGGAAACUGCACGAACAUUUAUCAAACAUCUAACCAAUCUUGUUUAGAUGCUUUUCUGAACUUGACUGACAAGCAUGAAACUCACGGAGGAGUCGCUGGCCCCUGGCACACAUUUUCCCCAUCAUUAAUGAAGAGUUUCAUGAUUGCGAUGAAUAGUGUGUUCUUGCCUAUUGUUGUAAUCGUGGGUUUGUUUGGAAACUCUAUGACAAUUUACAUCUUUCAAAAAAGAAAACGCAAAUCAUCAACGAUUCUUCUUUUGAUCAGUCUAGCUGUCGCGGACUUGAUGUGUAUAAUCUUGCAAAUGUUCUACCUUAUAGUUCAGAAUCGUAACCAUCAUUUCCAAAAUGUUCUACCUAACUUGGUCAUAAACGGAUUCUUUAUGACCAGGGCGAUCUUUUAUCUUGACGGAAUUUCGAGAUGGAUAAAAGUUGUGAUUGUGAUGGAACGGUGUAUUGCCGUUUUACUACCGCUGAAAGUUCGCAUCAUUUGUACACCAAAGAGAGCAAUGAUAAUAGUUAUAACCGUGUUUGUCUUUGUGCCGUUAUCCAGUGUUCCGGAACUUGUACAUAUUGGUGUAAAGGGCGAUAAGUCGUCCUGGUCGACAUACCAGAUGGCGCUACAAGCCAUAAAGAACAAUAAACCUGUUUUUGAAUGGUAUGGCAAUUUGUUUCAAUUGCUCUAUGGAAUGACAACAUUGACGAUAAACCUGGUAUGUAACAUUACAAUUAUCGUUGGCAUUCGUAAGUAUCCACCAUCUUUGUCGCAAAUUAAGGACGCAAAUGAUUUACGAAGAGCAGAGAAUCAGCGAAAAAUGACCCGGAUGUUGUUGAGGAUGAGCAUGUUCUACGUGGUCACCUGUUUACCGAAAGACAUUGGGGCUGUCAUACUUUUGACUGAUACAUCCGGAGUCAUUGUUUUCAGUGGUAAUUAUUACUUUCAAUCGGUAUUGCUUUUUGGGUUGUCAUCAUCUUUUCUGAAUAAUUCGGUGAACUUCAUCAUAUAUGGAACGUCACUCUCCGUUUUCCGCCGGGCAUGCUGCUGUCAAAAAGAGGAUGGAACACAGCCACGCCAAAUCGUUAACAUUCCACAACUGAAAAGAAAUUCCGACCAUUCAAGUUCCUCCAAUAUUUCAGUGAGAACAUGCGAAAUAGAUAUUAACAGGCAGAUGGGUCUAGUAAAUCAGUUGCCGUGUCCUCCUGGCUAUAUGUGA